CCUGUCAAUAGGUUCCCGUGUUUUGUAGCUAAACAUUGGCAGUAAAAGGAGAAGAAAAAUCAUGGGGAAAGGGUUUUCACACAUGCCUCAAAAUGCCUCAAAGGAUGGAACAAAUGAUCCUUGUUCACCCUCUGAUGACACAAACUCACUGAUACCACCAGAUGGCAAUGAUAAGAACAGGGGUGGAGAUGUAUCCCAUUUCCCAUAUGUAGAAUUUACCGGGAAAGACAGUGUUACUUGUGCCACCUGCCAAGGAACCGGUCGAAUUCCAAGAGGUCGAGAAAACCAACUUGUGGCAUUGAUACCAUACAGCGAUCAAAGACUACGGCCAAGACGAACAAAACUUUAUGUCACCAUUUCUGUCAUAGUUUGCUUGCUCCUUUCAUGCCUGGCUGUAUUUUUCCUCUUUCCACGAUCUGUUGAUGUAAAUUAUGUUGGAGUUAAAUCCGUUCUUGUCAGUUAUGAUGAAAAAAUGCAGUUCGUCUAUUUAAACAUCACAAACACCAUAAAUAUAACCAAUAACAACUUUUAUUCUAUCGAAGUUGAAAAUGUUACUGAACAAGUUCAGUUCUCUAAAACGGUCAUUGGGAAGGCAAAACUGAACAAUGUUAUGAGAAUUGGACCACUUGACAAUAAACAGAUCGACUACACAGUACCUACCAGCAUUGGGAAUGAACUUAGCUACAUGUAUUCCUUUUGCACAUUAUCAACUAUAAAGGUUCACAACAUAGUGAUGGAGAUGCAAGUCACUGUCACUAUUUCCUACUUGGGACACCCUGAGCAGUUAUCUCAAGAAGUGUAUCAGUAUGUAGACUGUGGCGCAAAUGCAACUUAUCAUCAUGGCCAAUCAGACCUAACCAUUUUCAAACAACCAUGAUCAAAGUAAUGUGGAUUUCCUGUUAACCACUCGCUGUAAAGGUUUGCCUCUAAAAGUAUUGCGCUUACAAUUCUGAACAGAAAUGUGUUCAGCCACAACCACUAAUAUGUUAAGAAAAAAAAGGGUAGCUAAGGCUCUGUUCCACCAACUCAUUUUAAUUUUUCUGGCAUUUUAGUAUUUUACCAUUUGAUUAUGUAAAAAUGAUUGUAAAUGUAUCACUUUUUUUCUUAGAAGUGCAUAUUUUCUCAUGUACAUCUACAUAUGAUUUUAAUAGUAUUAAUAAUUCAGGAUUUUUCUGGAUUUUGUAAUGAGUGUUUUUUUUGUUUUAAUUUAUUCAUAAAUUGAUAGUGAUAGUGCAACUGUUUUGAAAUGUUUUUGUUUUAUGUUCUUUAGAACAGGUUUAAUAAUAUGUUUAUGGAAGCUUUAUGAUAUGCAAGUCUAAUGACAAAUUAAAUAUAUAUUAUAUUUUUUUUUUUUCUUCAAGCAUUUUGCUUGCCAGUAAUCUAUCUACAAAGAUGUUUAUCCACUUACCUAAAUGUCACGUUUUAAACAUAACAGCUCCUGUUUAGAUAGAUAGACAAAUGUCUCUUGGGCUAGGCGUUUAGAAACCCGUGGCGCUUCCCAGUGAUAUCAGUAGGAAGCAGCUUAUGGCAAGUAGUAGGCAUUUUGACCACAACUGCAUAGGGCAACAAUAAAAAGCUGUAUGUGCUAUAACCUAAAACCAGCCAAAUACAGUAAAGUACAUGUCUGCCAAGGCCUCCGAACAAACAGAUAUUUUGUAUUUGGCCAAAUUAUUUGAACCCAAGGCAUUCAAUAGGGGCCUGUGCAAGCCCAUUAAGAGAGGAUCACAUCAGGUGCUAUGCUGACUGGAGAGGAUUGAAUCAGUAAGUAGCCUGAUAUGGUCAUUAUGUGACCUGGUAUAGAUAUUUGAUUUAUCUCCAAGCAGGUUGGUUGCUGAGACUAGAGACUCUGGCAACCAACUCUAGAGGAGCUAGAGUCGGCCUUUAUGGUAUAUAAAGACCAAAUAAGCAUGUCCCUAAUUGUCAUUAGAUAGGACACGUUUAGGAUACAUUUUUGUUAGUGCUGAUGGGGCUUACUUCUAAAGGGAAAAGAUACCCGGCAAAAGUAUUCAUUGCAUCAGUAAUCCCCAACCAGUGGCUCAUGAGCAACAUUGGCCUCAAAGUAGGUGCCCAUUUAUACAUUUCUGGCUUGGGGGCAAGUUUUGGAAGCACAGAGACAGUUUUACUCCAAGUGGAGCCUUCUGCCUGCUAGCAGUUCACAAAAUUUUCAAUGUUCCAACUGGUUUCAGAAUUGUAAUACUGAUUCAAUCACCAAGUGCCACUGUGCAGACACAAUAGUAUUGUAAAGGUAAAACGUUAUAAAAGCAUAAAGCAGUCGUUUUUACUUGCAACCCAUUAUUGGGUAAAUUUCUGCAGGCUAGCAGCCCUUUUUUGGCAUCGCCAAAGGACUUUUUUCAUGCAUGUGUGGGCUCACCAACAUUUUUUACAACUAGGCAUAGCUCACAAAUAAAAAAGGUGGGCAAUCCCUGGUCUGCAUAAAUAUAUCUUAGUAAAAGCAGUUUAUAACAAACACUCUUUAACCAGAAUGCUUCUGGUCUGGGCGUUUUUGCAUAUGGGGAUCCUUUCAUAAUAUAGAGGAAGACAUAGCUUAGAUACCAUCAGGUAAAAUGUACUGUUUUUUUUAGAGAGAACGGCAAAUCAAUUUAACUACACUAUGGAAAAUGGGCAUAUAUUAAAGCUUCCUGAUUGUUAAGUUUCUUGAUAAUGUAUCCCAUUCCUCAUUGUUUCUGCCAUUGCACUAAUUGGAAUUUUACCCCAUUUCUCUGACGUGUAGAAGUCACUGUGUUUCCAUUAUAUAAUAAUAUAUAUUAUAUAAUAAUAAUUGUAUUGCAAUUAAGAGUGAGUGGUUUGAUUCCUGUGUGCUGCUUAAUGCUCCUCUGUUGUCAGAAAAUGACCACAAAAAUGCCUAUGGGGGGCGGGGGUCUGCUCACUGCAUUCUUUGUCUCCCCAACACCUCUUUUACCUUCUCUUCUCUGUAUUUACAUGUAAGAAAACUGAAACGCACAUCCCAGUGUAAGUACUGUACAUAGCUGUAGAAGGAAACCUGACUUUGUGUCUUGAGUUUUUUCAGCAUUUUUUUUAUCCAGUUGACUGAUGAUUUGUAUGAUAUUGCACUACAAGUCCAAAUUCAAAGUUUUUUAUUAUUAUAGGGUAAAAUUCUUUUCCCUGGCUAUACUGCACUUUAUAAAAAAGUUUGACAUUUCGGUGCCAUGUAGGGACACUUUGAUUAAGAUAUACCAGACAGUUGUUGAAACCCCCUUUGCCUAAAAUUUUAGGCAAAUUUAUAUAGUAUAAAUUUGAAGCAAAAUUGCACUGGAGAAAUGCAAGUGUUUGUAUUUUAGCACUUUAGAUGCAGAUUUAUCAAAGGUGUACAAAAUUCUGAAGGGGAAAAUAGUCAAAGUCAAGUUGUCAAGAAUUUACCCUAAAUUAUUUUUCCUAGAAUCUAAUAAUGAGUGAAUUCUUGAAAAAAGAAAUGUUUCGGGCUUGCAAGUAUCUUUGCUCAGCAGAUAGAAUGGUUUUUGCUAAGUAGACCGGAACUGAGAUGAAUGAUACAUAAUCUCUGUAAAGCUCUGCGGAAUUUGGUGGCACAAUACAAAUUAAGGAUGGUGGUAACAAUAAGUCGGGAUACACCAAAUCUACUAUUUUGGGCUUUGGCCAAACCACAAAUCCUUUGUGAAAGAUUUGGACGAAUACGAAACUGAAUCCUAAUUUGCAAAUGCAAAUAGGGCCAUGGAAUGGUUAAAGAGAAAAGGUGAAAGAGAUGAAAAAUGUUCAACUUCCGUGUUUAUGUGACAAAAACUCAAGUGAUUUUAAGCAUUCGGUUUGGCCAGGAGUGUGGAUUUGGCUGAAUCCGAAUCCUGCUGAAAAAGGCCCAAUCUUGGCUGAAUCACAAACCAAAUCCUGGAUUUGGUACAUCACUAAUUUUGUGGCUACUGAAGGAUUUUUAAACUUUGUAUUAUUUUUGUUGUCGUCAUGGUCUUCACUUAAUUUUGCUGUUUUCCCAUAAGGGGUCACUGUUUGUUCUAUAUUCACUGCCUGGUCUUGUUCUGCCAUCUGUGCAGAGCUGUAGUGUCGCCUGUACCACCUGGUUAUGGUGUCGGUGAGUUUGCCCCAGAGGAGCCAGUUGGGGAAUCUUGCUGACACCAGGGAAAGGAAGGGUUACAGCCUACCAUUUUUUUCUCCUUACUGAAGUACAAGAAAAGUGAUAUAGUGGCCCUCUUAGACUGUUAAAUCUUCCUGGUUAUUGUGUGUUUUUUUUAUAACUUAUAAAGCAUUUGGCAUCAAGGAAAUGUUAAGGGAUUAUAAGCACUUUAAAGGUCUAUAAAUUCCUGACUAUUAGGGCUAGAACUGGGGUAGGCAGAAGAAGCAAGUGCCUGUGGUGCAAUUGUUGGUGGGGCACUGGGCAAAUGCCUUUUCUGCCUACCUUCUCAUAGUUCAGCUUUAUGUAACUGGCUGGCAGCUGAUGUAGCCCCCCCCUUGUUACACCCCUUUCCUGCCCACUGAGGGUUGGCGGGAAUCCUUGCCAGCACUACCCACUAUAUAGAGUGGUGCAGCCUUCUCCUCCGUUGUAAAUGUGUGGAUGGCAGCGUUUAUGUUAUUAUAAUUAAGGCUUCUAAUACCUUGAAUUGGUAGCAGCAAUGAUUUUAAGGUAACCACAGACAUUUUAUCUGAAAAUGGUACAGAAGAUCUGUAUCUGACCUGCAUUCUGUUUAGAAUAGGCAAAGAUUGUAAUAUGUGUACAUAUUUAAAUGUUCUAAUUAUUUUUUAUAAUAAAGCUAAUGACUCACUUGUGGCAAAUUCAGUACAUUAACAUCUGUGUUAUGCCUAAUCCUCUGCUAUAUCGCUUGAAUUUCAAUGAAUAAAUGUUAUUUACUACAGUAGUUGUCUAACUGUAAUAAAGUGUAGAAUGUGUAUUGUUCUGAUUCAUGUGUGUGUCAUUAAAGUUUAUUUAAGAGCA